AGUAAAAGCUCCGUCGGACAGACAAACAAACUCAACACCCUCAGAUCAAAAUUCAAAAACCCUAAUUAAAAUGUCUUCGAUUGUUCUUCGAUCUCGGAUACUUUCAAGUAAAUGCAGGUCAGAGAUCAUUAAUCGGAGGGUUUUAAGUUCAGGAGUCGAUUCCUCCUCUUCAAAUUCAUCUAGAGAAACGAUCAUUGCUUCACAAGCCGUUCUUUCCGAUCAAUCUCAGGUUCCUCCUCCUCCUCGUCCGGCGCCGGAAACUGCGCCACAAGCGUCGGGAGAGAAGGCUUGGAGCAUUCUCAAGUACGGACUCAUCGCGGUUGUUACUGGAACUGCCGGUUAUGCUGGUUAUCUCUCUUAUAAGUGUUCGUACGAGGAAGUAGAUCAGAAGGCAAAGGCAUUGCGGGCUGCAGCAAGCUUUGCUUCUGGUGAAGAUGCACAUGCACCCGCUGUUGAUAAAUAUCGAGGCUUGCUUUACUCUGCGGUUAUGGCAGUUCCAUGUAAAGCAGUUGAAUCUUAUCUGGAUCUCAGGAGGUUAGUGGAAGAAAAUGUGUCGGAAUUUACUGAGCCAACCUCAGAUAAGCUUCUGCCUGAUUUGCAUCCUCAAGAACAACAUGUUUUUACGCUUGUCCUGGAUCUGAACGAGACAUUACUUUAUACAGAUUGGAAGCGAGAGAGAGGCUGGCAUACCUUCAAAAGACCCGGUGUUGAUGCCUUUUUGGAACAUCUGGCAAAGUACUACGAAAUUGUUGUGUACUCUGACCAGAUGAAUAUGUACGUCGAUCCUGUCUGCGAAAGGUUGGAUCCUAACCAUUGUAUACGAUAUAGGCUAUCAAGGGGUGAUACUAAAUAUCAGAAUGGCAAGCAUUAUAGAGAUCUUUUGAAGCUUAACAGGGAUCCGGCCAAGAUUUUAUAUGUGAGUGCUCAUGCUUUUGAGUCUAGCCUUCAACCUGAAAAUUGUGUCCCUAUUAAACCUUUCAAGCUUGAAGGCGAGGAUACAACACUUUUGGAUCUUAUUCCAUUCCUUGAAUACAUUGCCCGGAAUAGUCCAACCGAUAUCAGACAAGUAUUACAAUCUUAUGAAAGAAAAGAUAUCGCAAAAGAGUUUCUCGAGCGUUCUAAAGAGUAUCAGAGGCGAAAGCAAGAACAGAGGCAGCAGCAAGGUCGUUUCUGGCGGCGAUGAGGACAGAGUAAUGUAUAUUUGAUGGAAUCAAAAGAAUGUGAUCAAGAUCAAGCUUCAAUUUUGCAGGUAAAAAAAACAAAUUUUUUCGAUAAAUUAUACGUUGAUGAAUCACAUCUUUCGCCGCAUUAUUUAAACGUCGGACAAAAUCACUAGUGAUUUUUUUCUGGUCUAGAUGUGAGAAAGUUUCCAGUGUCU